AUGGUCGCGGGGGUAGAUAUAUGCUACGAAUGUGAGGAGAGCUAUCCACAAUUGCCGCGAUUUACGAUAACGGCCACAGCUUUCAAAUCCGCCCGUAAGUGUGUAGCAUUGAGUUUCAUCCUCGAGCGUGACCUUUUUGAUCAGUCCAGCGUUGGUACAGCCAUAUAUCUCCUGAUUCAAAGCAUCUUCAUCAACGAAAAGUUCAGCGAACUCCCCGAUGUCUGUCUGAGAGGCGGUUGUCCGAUUACCAUUGUGGUCCCACCGGUAUUGAGGCAAAAGCCCUCGUCGCAGGAUGUCUUCACGGACGAAAUCGCGGCCCAUGAAAUCAACAAGAAGUAG